CAUUUGAAGUUGAGUUGGAUAGGACUUAGAGCUUGGUGAAGCCCUAGUGGAAGAAGGACCUCAUUCUGUGUAUCUGUGUGAUUGUCUAAGUGACUCUCAGAGGUGGUGAAUUCCAAUUAUUUUAAAUGUGCUAGCCAGGUAUGCCCUGGGUUACUCUGUGUGAGUAUUGUGUAGGAGCGUUAUGUGUGGGCGCGGUAGGUAGACUCUGUGUGGGUUACCUUUUUAUGUUCUGAUGUUCUGUGUGGACACCUGACCAGUUCUGUGUGAGCAUCUGACCAAUCCUGUGUGGGUGAUCAGUAAAAUUCUGUGUGAAGUACUUAAGGAAUUCCUGUUGUAUUUUUUUUUCUCUCCCUGUGUGUGUGAGAGAGAGAGAGGGGGAGUGAGAUUGUGUGUGUGUGAGCCAUGGGCGCGCGCGAGUGCAAAGAACCAGGCAUUCCGGACCCUCCUACUGGAGCCUUGAAGGUUAUGGUAAAUAAAUGGGGUAGGGAUAUUCUGGAACAGGUACUUCUAUGGCAUAGAGAGGGUGGUUUUCCUUUGACAGGGACACUAAGUGUGAUACUGUUAGAUGAGGUAAGACAGAGAUUGGAAGAGAAGGAAGAUAAACUAAGAAAAAAGGAUCAAAUUGACUGGGUGAAAUUCAGGAAAUGGGAAAAGGAAGCUGACAAACAGAAGAAAAGACAGGACACAUUUCGGGGAAAACCCUGUCAGAAUAUGGUAGUUCAGACUGAGGAAGGAGAAAAGAAGUGGAAAGAUGAAACAGUGAGAAGGAAUAGGAAGGAUGAUGAUGACAGAGACUGUCCCCCUCCAUACUGUACUCCUCAAACGCUCUACCCAGUGUUGCCGGACCUCCCUCCUCCUCAGGCGCCUCCUGCUGAUCCGCUGGAUGCAAGACCACUACAACCUGCAGCCUCACCCCCUGUCUCUCCCAACACCACGGUGAUUGAUCGUCUGGCACGGAGCCUGGCUGAAGUCCUGACAGGGUCUGGAGUGACUCCGACCAGUCUCACUGGAGGCGCAGUGGGGGGAGCACGCCAGAAAGGAAAAAGAAUCAACAAUCCUUUUCUCAAGGCUCCUCCACUCAGCUCCAGUGAGGAAAGUGAGGACGGAGGGGCACCCCAGCUGACUCCCCCGUUGAAGGACCGUCUACGGACCAGGACGGAGAGGCGUGUCUCUACCCCCUUCCAAUAUGACCCAGCAUCAGACAUGUAUCAUCAAUACCCUCUGAUGGCCUGUCCUAACCCUCAGCCUCGACCUGAUGAUGCUAAUGCUGCUGCUGCCGCAGCAUGGAACCCCAUUGUGUAUGUCCAGAGGAUGUGGAGACAUGAUGAAAUCAAAGACAUUGUAGAGGACCUACCAGACCCAAGUAAGGACGCUGUGAAAUAUUCAGCAGAGAUGAGGGUAUUAGUGGGUCAGUACAAACCAUCUGCUGCUGAGAUAGCCCAUAUCUGUAAAAAGAAACUGGGACUCAGGUGGGCGGAUGUACAGGGACAGUUUGAUUGCAACUACCUGUGGGCUGAGAAUGGCGCAUAUCAGGACCAGAUAACGGCACUGCUGGCCAGGAUUGUGGAGAUGUAUCCAACUAAGACUGACUGGACUGCUAUCAGAGAAUGCACUAUGAAGAAAGAUGAGGGCCUGGAGGCUUUCAGAAAGAGACUUGAGACCUGUUUCAGGCUACACAGCGGUAUCAGACCAAACGAACAUGCAUAUGGGGAUCUUCUGAAAGACGCCCUAGUGAGGGGUCUGACACCGGGCCUGGAGAAAGCUGUGAGGACUACCUGCAUCAGUUGGGAGACUGAGCCAUUAGCAACGGUGGUACAGCACUGCAAGCAUGCUGAGAGACAACAGAGUACACAGAAGGAAUAAAAAAUAAACGAAGAAAAAGUAAAGACACAGAAACUACAGGCUGCCCAGAUGACGUUUUACAAGGGAGCAGCCCCAGCAGGGACAGGACGAGGGGGUGGAGUGCGCAGGUGCUACAACUGUGGGAAGCCGGGUCAUUUUGCUGCUGACUGCUCUGAGCCAACGAAUCCACAGAGGAACAAAGACAGGGGCGGACCGAGAAGAGGGGCCCGAGAGGAGGGGGCAAGAAGAGGAGGAAAAGGAGCACAUGCAUGGACAGCCCCAUUCCAACAACAGCCGUGGCAGCCACCUCCCAAGCAAUGGCAGGUCGGGCCACCUCACGGGGUCCAGCAACAGCAACAGUGGGGACCACAAGGAGUCCCUUCAGGCAGAGGACAAACUGGAGCUUGGCAGACGGGGCCGCCGGCACAGACGACCCUGUACAAUCCAGGACAGGGACAGGAGGAGGAGUAUUGACAUGAUGAGAAGACAGGGACAGUUGUGCUAAAAUCCUCAGAGCAACAAGAGCAUUUGUUUUUAAAGUGUCACACCCUUCCGAGAUUAGAGCCAACAGUGGAGGCUUGCGUCAAUGGCAAAGACGGCCCAUCUAACACCAGCUCGACUGCUCCAUUAUCAGAAUGUUCUUCUGACAAUGUGUCAUGUGACCCUGAAGAGGUGCACUGUGUUAAAUCCUGCUACUUUGUUGCCCACCGAGGAUGAUGGAGAGCCGCACGACUGUGCUGAACUGUUGGAGCUUGUCUCUAAACCAAGGUCAGAUUUAACUGAUGUCCCUUUGCAAAAUACACAUUUGGAACUGUUUGUAGAUGGCUCUGCUCAGCGUUCUGAGAAAGGAGAACCAUUGGUUGCGUAUGCGGUUACGACUGCCUCAACCACACUGGAAAGUGCUAAAUUACCCUCCCACCUUUCUGCUCAAGCAGCAGAACUCUUUGCACUCACUAGAGCUUGCAUAUUAGCUAAAGGCCAGUUUGCUACAAUCUAUACAGAUAGCAGAUAUGUCUUUGGUGUGGUACAUGAUUUUGGUACUCUGUGGAAACAGCGCGGCUUCCUGACCUCCUCUGGUAAGGCGAUCUCUCAUUCAAAACUUGUUGAUAACUUGCUAAAAGCUAUUUUGCUCCCUUCUGAAAUUGCUGUUUGUAAGUGCCUUGCUCAUGCUAACUCUUCCGACCCUGUCUCCAAAGGUAAUGCUAUGGCUGACUUGGCAGCUAAGGCAGCAGCUGUCUCCUUGGAGGCCCCUGUGUUACAGAUGGUUUUACUUCCUGAUAGUAACCUUUUCUCUCCCACUGAUAUCUCUGACUUACAAUCCUCUGUAGGUCCUGUUGAGUUGAGGAAGUGGAAACGACUAUGUACAUAUGACCAGGUGCAGAAACUCUGGCUGGGCCCAGCUGGGCUACCAGUCUUACCACGUUCAUGUUUCCCCUACUUAGCUAAGUUGUCACAUGGAAGGGAUCAUGUGUCAAAGGGGGGAGUUGUUGAUUUUGUAAAUACAUUUUGGUUUGCACCUGGGUUUUCUGUGUUUGCUGAACAAUUUUGUGCAAAAUGUGUGAUUUGUAUGACUAACAACAUGGGAAGAGGUAUUCCCAUGCCACUGUCGGCUCAUCCGACCCCUGAAGGACCAUUUGAACACAUAAUGAUGGAUUUUAUUGAACUCUCUCCUUGUCAAGGUUACAAAUAUUGUCUGGUGAUAGUGGAUGCCUUCUCCAAGUGGGUAGAGGCAUUCCCAUGUCGACAUUCCACUGCUAUGGCAGUAGCCAAGAAUCUCCUUAGGGAGAUCAUCCCAAGGUGGGGGUUACCAUCUAAAUUAACCAGCGACAAUGGCUCCCACUUUGUAAACCUGGUGAUACAGAACUUGUCUGAGAGUCUGCAGAUAGACCUCAGGACCCAUUGUAGCUAUAGGCCCCAAUUCGGGGGUUUAAUUGAACGCGUUAAUCAAACGCUGAAAUCUAUGAUGGUGAAGCUUAUGGCAGAGACGGGGCUUUCUUGGGUCACUGUGAUCCCCCUGGCUCUGAUGUACAUGCGAGGGAGGCCCCACAGAACCACUGGAUUGGCUCCUCAUGAGGUUCUGACAGGUAGACCAAUGAGGAUGAUUAAUUCUCCCUUCCCACAGAACAAGCUGACACUGAUGGGCUGCGACGAUGACAUGGUAAGUUAUUGUACUGCUCUAAACAAUGUUCUGAAGGCUAUUUUCCCCAGGGUGAAAGCGGCUCUACCCCAGCCACUGGUGGGGAUCCUGCACAAACUGCAACCAGGUGACUGGGUGGUGGUGAAAGACCUGAGACGAAAGCAUUGGAUCCAGCAGAGGUGGACUGGACCAUACCAGGUGAUGCUGAUUACCCCCACUGCUGUUCGCGUAGCUGAGAGGUCUACAUGGAUCCACGCCAAUCACUGCAGGAAGGUGCCAUACUGCCCACCAGACCCUGAGGAUGGAGGACCAGAGAUGCCGGAAGUCACCCACUAGACGGGAGGAUCAGGCCCAGACUCUACGCAUCAUGUUUCUUGCUCUGGUCUUGAGCCUUCUCAUUACAGUUGCCAUAUGGACUGUGACUCAAGGACAACCGGUCCUGGAAAGACAACAUGGUACGGACUCGACUGAUAACCGUUCAGUCCCAUUGCGGGACUUGGAUAACAGCCACUCCAGCUCGAGCCAACGGCAGGCUCAGGACAGGAGUCCAGCAAACAAUAGCCGCUCCCAUAUCGAAAGAAGAAGAAGGUCAAUGCAUCCACUGGAUGAGCAUCACAGUAGGAAUCACGAGGGAAACACUUGGUGGUCACUGCUUAACUAUACAGUAAAGACUGAACUGAUGUUAGGAAAUACCUCCUGUUAUGUAUGUAGCUUGUUUCCACAUUCAGCGAUCUCCCCAUUCUUACAGUAUUCAGUAGAGGUCAGCAUUAAAGACACUCUAUGUGCACUAGAGGCGCUUUUGUCCAAUGAGAACACAUGGGGUCAACCUUCACUAGGUAGAACACUGAGGGAUAAAUGCAUUAAUGGUAAUUUGUCAUCAACAAAAGAUUUACGGGGGGGAUUUGAUUGUUCACAUUGGUGUUGUAGAAUAAUCUUAGAACCUAGAUCCCGUGUACCAGAACCUAUUAAAGUCCAACCCCGGCGAACCCCAUUUAGGACCUGUCAUUGUCACAAUCCAAGCAAUAUUUCCAUACCACAAUUGAAUGAAUCCUAUCUGGGAAUGUCAACAUGUGUCAAUUAUAGUGUUUUCCCAAUAGGAUGUAGCUGGAAGAAGGGAACAUGCAGCUCUGGAUACCCCAUUAGACUGAGGGUGGGACACACCAUUAUUGAUGCUGAAACUGACAAUCGUUCUCCUCAUCAAUUUGGCUCGGCAACAUUUACUGAUCAUUAUUGGAUUUGUGGUGAUAAAGCUUAUCUCUACCUACCCACAAAUUGGACAGGGUGCUGUAUUUUUGGUAAACUAAACAUCUCCCUUGUGGUAAUGCAUAAAACUAAUUCCUCUAUUCCAAGCAGGUUAAGACUAAUUAAGAGGGACAUCUCGCAAUACAAUAAUGUCCCUCCCUAGUGACUCUCGACGAUCCUCGAAAUUGGAAAAGUUCUGCCGUGGUUUAAUCCCCUGGUGUGGGGCAUCGGUGAAUGCACAUGAGUUGGAUAGGCUAGGAUAUCAUUUGGAAUCCCUGGUAAAUUUGACCACUGCAGGGUUUUCUAUGAUAAGACCAGAAUUACAAGCCACUCAACUCAUGGCAACACAAAAUAGGGUGGCACUUGACAUGUUGCUAGCACGUGAAGGAGGGGUGUGUCAAAUUAUAGGAGAUCACUGUUGUACAUUUAUACACCAGGGAGAUGACAAUUGGACUAUUGUAGUGGAACAUUUGAAAGAGCUUAGGGGUGUUCUCGAAAGGGAACACCAGCCUGACAUCAACUGGAAUCCGUUAGGAUGGGUUCAGUCAGUGUUUGGUGCUUGGGCUGCGACAAUUUUCCACUGGUUCAUCUAUGGUCUAAUAUUACUGAUUGCUCUGUUGCUAAUUAUCAUUUGUGUGAAGAAAUUGUUUAAUAAAGUGGUUGAUGUUGUUCUUACUAUGCCCUUGCUUGCAAAUGAAGUAGGUGUAGAUGAGGAAUCUGAGAUUGAUGGAGAACAAUCAGGUGAACACAGUGAAAUAUUCUCACUAGACAGUGUAGAUAGGGAGGGUUCACUGUAUAUGAAUGAUUUCUCUGACCUAUUCCUGACUAUAUCUCUGAUAGUGGGGAACCCAAUUCUAAGCAUGAGGAUUUAGAGGGAUGACUGUCCUAUAGGUUGUAAUGAUGCCUGUGUUUAGACAGGGUUUCUCUUGUAAUUUUGGGAGCAUUUAUAUGUUUUGUUAUUUUUUUUUACUCAACAAAUGUAUUAUUCUAUGUGUUUAAACAGGUGCAAGUCUGUAUUAUGGUAUAAACAUUGUAAACUCAGUUUCUGACGGGUGAAUAAUUACAUUGAAGGGAUUUGAUUCUUUAUUAUCUUUACAUUUUGAUUAUAGAUUUUUUAAAUUGUAUUAUAUACUCUGCAACUACUAUUAGUAAGGUGCCAUGUUACUAUUGUGAUUCUUCAGAAGGGACUGAGUCCCUUGAGAGGGGAAUGUUGUGGAAUGAUCAGAAUUAGUUGGGUAACAUAGAUAAGAUGUUUUAUUUCCAUGAUAUGCUUAAGAGUUAUUUCUCAUAAGAAUGUAUUUUGUUGUACUAUAGUGGUGGCCAUUGGCAGUUAUCUGUUCUAUGUCAGGACUAAGUUGCAUGGGCCGCAGAGAGGGGAGAGGUCAAGGGGUCAUCAUGUGUAAACAUAUAUUUUCUGUGUGCCAGUGACUCCCUAAUUUUCUCAUCUGGGAAAGGAGGGUGACAGUGUCUGGAAUCAUUCUAUGCUCCCUCUUUGUUGACCUAUAGGGUCACUCUCCUCUCCGUGAGUUUGUCCUCUGAUUGGUUGUAUUUAGAAUUGGUUCUAUCUAAAUGACAAUUUGAUAUAUAUCAUAGGGUGGGGGUAAUGUCUUGGUACCAUUUUGUACCAAGGACGAGAUAAGAGCUUUGUUUAGGAGACCAAACUGAACGAUAAUUUAUAGCCCACUCUGUCUGACUAUUCUCUCUGAAGUAAGGUUUUUUCUUUGUGUAAGUUCCUAAGACCUGUGUUUUGUCAUGUCGUCUUGAGAGGGGGUGGAUCUUUGCUAUAAAGGAACCCAUUUGCCAUUAUGUUGGCACUCUCAACUUUUCAUUAGAUUAUACUGAACUGUUGAAAGUCAAAAUGCUAUUGCAAAAGCUUAAUUAUUAUUAAAGGUGAAGAUUAAGCA